UGCAGCAGGUGGGAGCUUGGAUGUUGAUAUCAACAUGGCGCUUGUCAGACAGACAAAGACAGUCAGUCUGGUGUGAUUGAGCCAAGAGGAAAAAAAAAGAGGGAGAGAGCAGAGCGGAGGGAGUGCUAGGAGGAGAGGCAGGCGGGGAGGGGGGCCCUCGUCCUCGGGGGGGGCUGGGGAGGGAGGCUCGGCCUCUGAGGGAUUUCCUCCCCCCCUAUUGUUCUUCCCCCUCUGUGCCCCCGUUGAUCUCCCCUCACGCUGGGGCGGGGGCGAGCGGGGGGAGCCCCCCACUUCUGCCGUUACAUGGUGAGGUGGAGACGCCGCCAGCACCCAGAGAAUGGUGAAUAACACUGAAGACCCUCAAGAGGCUUUAUAACGUCCCAUCUCCAUGUAAAGUAUGCUCAGAACUUUUCCAGUAGUUCUGCUGGAAACCAUGUCUCACUACACAGAUGAACCAAGAUUUACCAUAGAGCAGAUAGACCUGCUUCAGCGCCUCAGACGUACAGGGAUGACCAGACAUGAAAUCCUCCACGCGCUGGAGACCUUGGAUCGUCUGGAUCAGGAACACAGCGACAAAUUCGGAAGAAGGUCUAGCUACGGGGGUGGUUCUUACAGCAACAGUACCAACAAUGUCCCAGCAUCCUCCUCUACAGCCACAGCUUCAACGCAGACCCAGCAUUCUGGCAUGUCCCCAUCACCGAGUAACAGUUACGACACCUCCCCACAGCCUUGCACUACUAAUCAGAAUGGGAGGGAGAGUAACGAGAGGUUGUCUGCAUUCAACGGGAAGAUGUCGCCUACCCGCUACCCGCUUGCAAACAGCUUGGCUCAAAGGUCAUACAGUUUUGAAGCUUCUGAAGAGGACUUGGACAUUGAUGACAAAGUGGAGGAAUUGAUGAGGAGGGACAGCAGUGUGAUAAAGGAGGAAAUCAAAGCCUUUCUAGCCAAUCGGAGAAUUUCCCAAGCAGUUGUUGCACAGGUAACAGGUAUCAGUCAGAGCCGGAUCUCCCAUUGGCUGUUGCAGCAGGGGUCAGACCUGAGUGAACAAAAGAAAAGGGCAUUUUACAGAUGGUACCAGCUUGAGAAGACAAAUCCUGGGGCUACGUUAAGCAUGAGACCUGCUCCUAUCCCAAUAGAAGAGCCAGAAUGGAGACAGACGCCUCCCCCAGUCACAGCUACCUCUGGGACCUUCAGGCUACGGCGAGGCAGUCGGUUCACGUGGAGAAAGGAGUGCCUGGCUGUUAUGGAAAGUUACUUCAAUGAAAAUCAAUAUCCAGACGAGGCAAAGAGAGAAGAGAUUGCCAACGCCUGUAAUGCAGUUAUACAAAAGCCAGGAAAGAAGUUAUCGGAUUUGGAGCGAGUUACCUCCCUGAAAGUGUACAAUUGGUUUGCCAACAGAAGAAAGGAAAUCAAGAGGAGAGCCAAUAUCGAAGCAGCAAUCCUGGAGAGCCAUGGAAUAGAUGUACAGAGUCCGGGAGGCCAUUCCAACAGUGACGACGUUGAUGGCAAUGACUACUCGGAGCAGGACACUUGGCAAGUACGCAAUGGGGAGGAGGAGGGAAGAUGUUCAGAGGGAGGCAGAGAAGCAGAGAAGGUAGAAGAAGACAGGAGGAUCAGCUCCAAACAAGCAAGUUACACCAUUCAUGCCACACGCAAUGAUGACAGCACUAGCCAUAGUGACCAUCAAGACCCCAUUUCAUUAGCCGUGGAAAUGGCAGCGGUAAACCACACCAUCUUGGCAUUGGCCCGGCAAGGAGCCAACGAGAUCAAGACAGAGGCUCUAGACGACGACUGAUACAAAGAAAGGGGAGGGUCAAAGCAAGAAGUAACUUAGUUUUAGACGUAGCACCUUAGCAGACUUUCCUCGGUCCUUAAUAUGUGUUCUUACAGUAUAACUUUGCAGUUUCUUGUACGUCAGUUAGCUGUUAGGGUCUUGUUCUGUGAAGAUGGCAUGGUGCCCUCAGCCUUUGCGUAUACUCUCUCAGUAUUAAUUCCCAAUAAAUAAUCAAUCAACCAAUCAACCUCCCUCUCCCAGCCCCCAGUGGCUAGAAAAAUCUCGCUGCUCUGUCUUAGCAUUCAAAGUGCUUCCAGGUAUUUUAGACAGCCCUCGAUUACAAGUCUUACGCUACACUUAAAAUCUUGGAUACCCUUAGAGAUUGUGUUCAAACCAAACCCUUUAGUCUGUACGCUUUUCCUUCUCUGAGACUGAAAGGAUGCAAGCUGAGGUAGUGGCACAGGGUCGAUGGACACCAGAUUGGAAGUUUCAACAGAGAGUAAAAAGAACACUAGAAACCCCACGUCAGCGUGGGAGUAAAUGAUUUCCAGCUGCAAUAAGCCGUGCCUCACUGGUCAUACAGUGACUCCAUCUACUCCUGGGUGCUGUGCUGAGAAUGUCCAUUGGAAACACAUUCACAUAUUUUCGGUUGAUGUUCACAUAUUCAACACAGACAUCCUCUGCUCUCAGAAGCUGCGUGGCUUAGUGGAUAAGUACUGCCUUCUGCCUCUGGGACCAUGAUUGGAGCCUAGCCUGGGAUCCUAUGAAAAAUGAGCUGAAUGUCUAAUGGACAGCAGUCCACUUCUCAAAACCACUAUUCAUUUUUUGGCAUGGCUAGCAGUGCCUGCUCAGAAGAGGUCUAGACUCUCUUGAUCUGUCAUUAACAAUUCCACCUUUUAUUCUUCCUCUUGCCUUUUCUCUCCCCGCCCUACUCCCCUCUCCACUUUGCCACUUUCAAAAGCAGUGUUUUCCAGGGAGGUUGGUAAGGUCACUGCAUGGGUAAGAGUGGAUUUUUCCACGUCUGCUUAACUAACGCCUAUGUCCCCACUAGCCUGAAAGGUUAUCAGAGAACUUUUGCAUCCGACCUUCGCUAGAUAACCAUGGUAGCAGAAAUACUCUCCUAAACACAAACCCUUUGUUUGUUUGUUUAAAGGCAGGAGGAUCUCUUACCUGAGAAAUGGGGUGUGAAAAUUUUGUGUUCUCUUUACUCUGUCCUUGUUAAGAUGUGAGAAAGCUAUACUGCUACGAGCAAUUUAAUUAAUAAUUGGAAGCCAUACUAAUAAUGGAUGUGGUAAUAUUUGUAAAGCAGACCUACUUUAAGUAGCAGAAACUAAUGGAAUUGUUUUCCUUGAUCAUAUGUAGCACUUUUGUUACUUUUUUUCUUAAAGAUAUUUAUAUUUGAUAAGUCCUUUUUUUUAUCAUUCGAGAAUUCCAAAUACCAAACAGCAAAGCUUGCAUUGCAGAGUCACCCUGCGAUCACCUUGUCAUCUAGUAUCUCAGUGAUGAACUGUGUGUGCAUCUAAGAAAAUUACAUCUGCUGGCAUUGUGUGGAAAUGAUCUCCUGGCAUCCUGAUAAAAUGAUAUGUUGCUGCCGGUAAGAGGAAGCGUUUCAAUGGAGACAGCACUGCAAGGGUUAGAGACGGGCAGGACUGUGUUACGCUGAAAAACUGAAGUCAAACCCCGAUGGAAAUUUUGGGUUAUCCAGAGCUAUAAACAUUUGCAUAGUGUUUUCUCAACAUUCCAUUUUGUACCUUCCCAUCAGGCAGUUGUGGGAACAGCUUAAAAAGAGGAGAACCGCUCAGUCUGAAA